GAACAACUUCAGAGGAUCGACGACUUCUGCUGUUAGACUGAAGGAUGGACGGUACAUCAGGCAGUACGAUGGAGGUGGCAGCGCUCGGUCGGCCUUUCAGCGUCGGGAUGCUGUACGACUGUCGCAGUGACUCACUCAUCCCUGGACUGACUCUGUGGGACCGCAGUGAUCUCAAGGGAGAUAUUGGAGAAAGACCACAGGCCUCUAAUGAGUUUGAAAUUGUUGCAUCUGAAUCAAUUUCUGGCAAAUCUUCAGCUCUAAAUGUUGAUGCUUCACUGAAGGCAAGUUUCCUGAGUGGACUGGUUCAGGUUGAUGGAUCUGCCAAAUAUCUGAAUGAUAGUAAAUCUUCCAGAAAUCAGGCCAGAGUAACACUGAAGUACAAGGCAACCACAAAGUUCCAGCAGCUGUCCAUGAAUCAUCUUGGAAGAGGAAAUGUGAAGCAUCCAUAUGUUUUUGAUCAAGGCUUAGCAACACAUGUAGUCACAGCUAUUCUUUAUGGAGCACAAGCUUUCUUUGUGUUUGACCGUGAAGUUUCUGAACACGAAAAUCAUCAAGAUGUUCAGGGCAACUUGAAGGUGAUCAUCAAGAAGAUUCCCUUACUUUCUGUAGAGGGUGAAGGUUCCCUGAAGAUGGAAGAGAAGGACAAAGAAAGUGUUGAUAAAUUCUCCUGCAAAUUUUAUGGAGACUUUUGUCUUCCAAAACCACCAACAACCUUUCAAGAUGCAAUAAAAGUUUACCAAAGCCUGCCAGGAUUACUGAAAGAAAAUGGAGACGAAGCUGUACCAGUGAAGGUCUGGCUGCUGCCACUGACAUGUUUAGAUUCUUCUGCUGCUAAACUCGUCCGUCAGAUCAGUAUAGGAUUAGUUCAAGAAGCACAGAGAGUCCUGGAGGACUUCAGUGAGGUGGAAAUGAGGAACAAUGAUGUACUGGGAACCAGCACUGCACAGCAGUUCCCACAGAUUGAUAAAAAAAUGAAAACUUUUAAAGAAAUGUGCUCUGAGUUCAAGCUGGAAUUCAAACAAACUUUGGCCAAGAAACUUCCAUCAAUCCGAGGAGGAGGAGAAGAGGAAGCUGAGCUUGCAGAGAUCCUGAAGAAGAGACAUUCUUCACCUUUCAACAGCAAAAACCUGAACGAGUGGAUGGACUGUAAAGCGAGAGAAAUCUACACAUUAAUGUCUUUUACCAGGAUGAUGAAAAACACCAAAAUCAUCUCGUCUCAAAAUGAUCUGUACAAGGAAAGUCUCAGUGCAGAGCAUGUUGUGUGUUUUGUUUUCACCUCUCUGGGAAAGGAUGAACCGUACCUCUCAGCUUUAUCAAAAUACUUAAAAGGAGAAACCAACCCAGACCUUCAAGAUCCUCACACUCAUGAUGUAGAGAAGGAACAAUGGUACGCCUCAAAAGAACUAACAGCUGAAAUGAGGAGAAAAGCAAAACUCUUCAGUGAUUUUGCAGAGGCCAACAAGGAGAACAAGAACAUGAAGUUCCUGACAGUGGGUUUAACUAAUGAGACACAGGAAGGUUCCAGCAUCUACCUUUAUGAAGGUGGAUUCACUGUCAGUGAGAACUUUGAGCCUCCUUCAAAGCCUGAAACUGUGACAGCAGCUGACAGAAACCACAACAGUGUGACACUGAAGAUUUCUCCACCCAGGUUUGGAGCAGAGAACAUCACCUCCUACUCUGUUGAGUACUGUGUCAGUGGAGAGGAUGGAUGGCAGCAGAAGACACAAGCAAAGGCUGAAGAAGUCACAGUGAGAGAUCUGAAGCCAAACACAGAGUAUGUGUUCAGAUGCAGAGCAGUGACCUCAGCAGGUGUCGGGCCGGAUAAUCAAGUUUCUAUUAAAACCUUACCCUGCAGCCCUCCUGGAAAACCUCGAGUUGAACCAAAUUCAUCUGAGAUAUCAGUGAGCUGGGAGAAACCUGCUGAGCUCGGAGAGGAUGUGCAGAUAUUGAGCUACAUGGUGGAGUAUUCAAAAACAGAUGAUAAUGAGGAAGCUCUGCAGUGGAACCAAACAGAGUCAGCAGGUGAAAAGGUGAUCCUGUCAGGUCUUCAGACAGAUACAGAAUAUGCAGUCAGGGUCAGAUGUGAUUGUGGUUCAUCUGGAAGAAGCAAAGAAAGCAUCACUGUUAAAGUCUACACAACAUUUAACCGCCUUGCAGAACUUCUCAGGAUUAAAAGUGAAAAGAUCAAAUCUGAUUCCCCCUCAGUUUACAAACUGCCUCUGACAGAAGAACACAUGAACAUAGAUGGAUGCAGGAAGUUUAACUUUGGAGAAGAAACUGAGGGGCAGAAUCGUACAAUAAUACUUUUUGGAGCGACUGGAUCAGGAAAGUCCACUCUGAUCGAUGGAAUGAUCAACUACAUUGUUGGUGUCGAGUGGGAGGACAGUUUCAGGUUUAAAUUCAUUAAUGAAACUCAGUCAACAUCACGAGCUCACAGUCAGACCUCUGAAGUCACUGUUUACAAAAUCAACCACCAGGAUGGAUUUAAAAUCCCGUUCUCUCUGACCAUCAUUGACACUCCAGGCUUUGGAGAUACAAGAGGCAUAGAAAGAGACAGAGAGAUCACAGAGCAGCUACGUAAUCUCUUCUCUGCUCAGCGUGGUGUCACUGACAUUGAUGCUGUGUGUUUUGUAGCACCAGCUGCUCAAGUGAGAUCCACAACACAGAAAUAUGUGUUUGAUUCAGUUUUCUCAAUCUUUGGCAAAGAUGUGGCAGAAAACAUCAGGAUUGUGGUGACAUUUGCAGACGGUCAGAGACCUCCAGUUCUAGAGACGAUCAAUGCUGCAGGAGUCCCAUGUCCUAAGUUCAACAAUUCAGCCUUGUUUGCACACAACAAAUCAUCUGAAGGAGACAGAAGGAGUGAUGAUGGUAAAGGAGGACGUUUUGAUCAGAUGUUUUGGGAAAUGGGGGCAGAAAGCAUGAAGAAUUUUUUUGCUGCUCUGAAUCUCAUAAAAACAAAAUGUUUGACACUGACAAAGGAGGUCCCCAGAGAAAGAAAGCAGCAUGAGAUUUUAGUUGAAAAUAUGCAGAAGCAGGUGAAACUUCGGUUAGCCAAGAUGGAGGAGAUAAAAGAGACAAGUGAGAAACUUAAAGAUCAUGAAGCAGAGAUUAGGAGAAAUGAGAACUUUGAGAUUGAAGUUACUGUUCCAAAAAUUAUAAAAAAGGACAUUUUGGGCAAAAAAGAGUAUGUCACCAACUGUUCCAAAUGCAUUGUCACCUGUCACUACCCCUGUCCCAUACCAGCUGGUGCUGAUAAAAGACGCUGUCAUGCAAUGGGACCAGAUGGAAAUUGUACUCAGUGUGCAGGCAAAUGUCCCUGGUAUGUGCAUCAUAAUAUGCCUUUCAGAUGGGAGAUUCAACAGGUUAAAGAGAAAACAACACUGAAAGAUAUGAAAGAAAAGCACCAGAAAGCCACAGGGGAGAAGAUUACUUUUCAAGGACUGGUUGGCAGUCUGAAGGAUCAAUAUAAAAAAUUUCAGGCUGAAGAGGUGAAAUUAAUGGAGAGGUCCGCCAAGUGUCAGAACAGACUUAGAGAGAUAGCGCUUAAACCAAACCCUCUGUCCACUCCAGAGUACAUCGACAUUCUUAUUGAAGGAGAGAAAUCUGAGGCCAAACCAGGCUGGAAGAAACGAGUUGAGUCUCUGAUGGAGAUGAAAAGAAAAGCAGAGCUCAUGGCCAAAAUAGAGAAAGGAGAGAAACUCCUUGAUCAUUUAUAACUCCAGAACUAAGACAACAACCAGUUCUAUUUACUUAUUUACUGUAUGAUGGCAAACAAACUAUUUUUAUCUAUCAAUUUUUAAAUCAACAUAACUUUACAUAAACGAGUGAUUAUAACUGCACUGUUGAAAGAUUAAAGACACAUUUAUUUAUGUUAAAGAAAAGCUUUAACAUAAUAGGAUGUGUAUUUGCAUGAGAAAAAAUUCAAAUGUACUUUGUGCUAACAACAGUUUCAAAGUUUUUAUUAUGAUAUUCACCUUAGCUUUAGAUAUUAGUUUCAUUAUAAUUUCACUGUAGAUGGAUGACAAUGUUUAAAAUUGUGUUUGUGUUGCAAACUUCAUUUUGUUAUUUUUUUAUGUUUAUGUUCUUAUGAUUUGAAACAUGCGGCCCAUCAGAACGACUCAUAAAGAUUUAUUACAAUAAAAUUCACUUGCUUUUACUGUAAAAGACAUCAAGAAAGCAGCUGAUUUAGAAAUUUUAUGCUUAUCAAUAGGGCAAAAUGUGUAGACAAGGCUUUUUGUUUCAAUUCUUAAUUCAGCUGUUUUGAAUUGUACUUC